GCUUGCGCGUUGCGAGGACGGACGGAGCCGGCGCUUCUGGGCCUGGUCGCCGAGGCACGCCCGCCUCCCUCUUCCUUCCCUCCCUCCCUCCUCCGGGGCCUGGCCUGAGGAGACACGCCGCGCAGAGAAGGCCCGCAGACCUUCGCGGAAAGCGGAGGGGCCUUUCUGGAGGCGAGGAGGAGCGAGGGAAGCGUGGCUCGAGGUCAACAAGAAUUCACAAUCAUUAUAAGGAAUGCAUGAAGGCUACUUUACAAUAAUGAUCCUGAAAGAAUAUCUUUGAAUGCUAUAGCUGGCCAAUCAUUCAGAAGGCUAGCAACAUGUUAUGUUGGGGGAAUGCUUCUUUUGGACAGCUUGGCUUGGGGGGCAUUGAUGAAGAGGUUGUUUUAGAACCUAGAAGAUGCAACUUCUUCCUGAAUAAAACAGUUCGAGAUGUAGGCUGUGGACUCAGGCACACUGUGUUUGUCCUGGAUGAUGGGACUGUGUAUACAUGUGGAUGUAAUGACUUGGGACAAUUAGGACAUGAAAAAUCCAGAAAACGACCAGAACAGGUUGGUGCCCUCGAUGCUCAAAACAUUGUAGCUGUUUCAUGCGGAGAAGCUCACACGUUAACAUUAAAUGACAAAGGUCAAGUUUAUGCUUGGGGUUUUGCUGCAGAUGGACAGCUUGGCUUGCCUGGAACGGAGGAAUAUACCAGAGUACCCAGAAACAUUAAAAGCUUGUCUGAUGUCCAAAUAGUGCAAGUUGCCUGUGGUUACUAUCAUUCAUUGGCACUAUCCAAAGGAAGUGAAGUGUUUUCCUGGGGCCAGAACAAACAUGGUCAAUUAGGUUUAGGUUAUGACUUGAAAAAACAGACUUCUCCACAACUGAUAAAAUCUUUAUUAGGGAUACCUUUUGGGCAGAUUGCGGCUGGCGGGGCGCAUAGCUUUGCACUUACUCUUUCUGGAGCUGUCUUUGGGUGGGGUCGUAACAAAUUUGGUCAACUUGGUCUUAAUGAUGAAAAUGACAGAUACGUUCCCAAUCUUCUAAAGUCACUAAGAUCGCAAAAAAUAGUUUACAUCUCCUGUGGAGAAGAUCAUACAGCAGCUCUUACCAAGGAAGGUGGGGUGUUUACUUUCGGGGCUGGAGGUUAUGGACAAUUAGGCCAUAACUCUACAGGCCAUGAGAUAAAUCCAAGAAAAGUUUUUGAAUUAAUGGGAAACAUUGUCACACAAAUUGCCUGUGGGAGGCAACACACAUCUGCAUUUGUUCCUUCAACUGGAAGAAUUUAUUCUUUUGGUCUUGGAGGAAAUGGACAGUUAGGCAUGGGGUCUACCAGUAACAGAAAAAGCCCUUUCCCAGUGAAGGGAAAUUUUCUUCCUUUCAAUGGCCAGAUUCCUCUGAAUUCAGAUAGAGACGAAUAUUACUAUGUAAGGAGGAUUUUCUCUGGUGGAGACCAAAGCUUUUCACAUUAUGUUACACUGCAGGAUUUGAUACCAGCAGAUGACUUCAGACACUCUAAUGGUUCAAAACAAAUCUGGACUGUAAAUGAAGCCUUCAUUCAGAGAUUGCUAAACUGUUCAUCUUCAGGAGCAGGGAGACUCCCUGUUGAGAUAGCAAAUGAAAUCGAUGGAACAUUUUCCUCAGCUGGCUGUCUAAAUGGAAGCUUUUUAGCUAUCAGCAAUGAUGAUCACUACAGAACUAGUGCCAGAUUCUCAGGGGUUGAUAUGAAUGCUGCUCGACUUCUCUUUCACAAACUUAUACAACCAGAGCAUCCUCACAUAUCCCAGCAGGUGGCUGCUAGUUUGGAGAAGAACCUUAUUCCUAAACUGACUAGUUCUUUGCCUGAUGUUGAAGCUCUAAGACUGUUUCUAACCCUGCCAGAAUGUCCACUAAUGAAUGACUCCAACAAUUACAUGACACUAGCUAUUCCAUUUGCAACUGCUAUUGUGAAUCUAGAAAAAGCGCCACUGAAAGUACUUGAAAACUGGUGGUCUCUUUUGGAACCUCCAUUAUUCCUCAAAAUAGUGGAACUUUACAAAGAUGUUGUUGUCCACCUUCUGAAAUUGUACAAAAUGGGUAUCCCUGCCUCAGAGCAAAGAAUAUUUACUAGCUGCCUACAUACGUCUCUCAAGGUUUUGGAAAUUUUGCACAGGGUAAAUGAAAGAAGUGGCCAAAUCAUCCAGUAUGAUAAAUUCUAUGUACAUGAAAUACAGGACUUGAUAGACAUAAGAAACGAUUACUUCAACUGGAUCCAACAGCAGGCAUAUGGAAUGGAUAUCAGCCAUGGAUUAAAUGAGCUAGGAGAUUUGCCAGUUACAAUUUGCACCUAUCCCUUUGUGUUCGAUGCACAGGCCAAGACAACUCUACUGCAAACAGACGCAGUGUUACAGAUGCAGAUGGCUGUUGACCAAGCUCACAGACAGAAUUUCUCAUCUAUUUUUCUCCCAGUAUAUGAAUCUGUCAACCCAUGUCUGAUCUUAAUAGUGCGCAGAGACAAUAUUGUGGGGGAUGCCAUGGAAGUCCUAAGAAAAACAAAAAAUGUGGAUUACAAGAAACCUCUCAAGGUUAUUUUUGUAGGGGAAGAAGCUGUUGAUGCAGGAGGGGUUCGCAAGGAGUUUUUCUUACUUAUCAUGAGAGAACUGUUAGACCCCAAAUAUGGGAUGUUUAGGUACUAUGAAGACUCCAGGCUGAUCUGGUUCUCAGAUAAGACCUUUGAAGACAGUGACUUGUUUCAUCUGAUUGGCGUUGUCUGUGGGCUAGCAAUAUAUAAUUUCACUAUUGUAGAGCUUCACUUUCCUUUGGCUUUGUAUAAGAAACUUCUGAACAAAAAGCCUUCCCUGGAAGACCUCAAAGAGCUAAUGCCUGAUGUUGGCCGGAGUAUGCAGCAAUUAUUGGACUAUCCAGAAGAUGAUAUAGAGGAUACAUUCUGCCUCAAUUUUACUAUUACUGUUGACAACUUUGGUGCCACGGAAGUUAAAGAGUUGAUUCCUAAUGGUGCUGAUAUUCCUGUUGUCAAACAAAAUAGGCAAGAAUUUGUGGAUGCCUAUGUGAACUAUAUCUUCAAUGAAUCUGUGGCUUCUCUGUUCGAUGCAUUCCAUGCAGGAUUUCACAAAGUGUGUGGAGGCAAAGUCCUUCAGCUCUUCCAGCCAAGUGAACUACAAGCAAUGGUAAUUGGGAAUGCCAACUAUGAUUGGAAAGAGCUAGAGAAGAAUACUCAGUACAAAGGAGAUUACUGGGCAGAGCAUACAACAAUUAAACUGUUCUGGGAGGUUUUCCAUGAGCUACCAUUGGAAAAGAAGAAACAGUUUUUGUUAUUUUUGACCGGUAGUGAUCGUAUUCCUAUCCUUGGGAUGAAGAGUCUUAGUCUCGUGAUCCAGCCAACAGGAGGUGGAGAUGAAUAUCUUCCUGUGGCUCACACCUGUUUCAAUCUUCUUGAUCUUCCAAAAUAUACAGACAAAGAAAUUCUCAAAUCAAAGCUGAUACAGGCUAUCGAUCACUAUGAAGGCUUCAAUUUAGUAUAAUUAUGCAAAGCCUUAGAACCCUGCAACUGUUCUGUGUGAGAACAAAAACCUGUUUUUACAUCUUGUAGUGACACAAAGAGAAGAGCCUGGCAGUGAUCUCCUACUAAGAUGAUUCUAAACAUGCCUCACAAUCUGAUUCUCUAAUGACAGUCAACCAUCUUUACAUGAUUGAACAGUAUUGAUAUCAAUUCUGGAUCCACAUUCUACUAUCUUAAUAAAAAUGCAGAUUUGGAAUAAAAACUGAAGUUUCACUAACUAAAUUUUACUACUUCACAUAUUGCAAAAUUAUUUGCUGUGUGUGUGUGUAUAUCAAAUAUGUGCUUUUUUCCCAAUCACUGUCACAUUUAGACCUUUCAUUUUGUAAAUAAAGGGAUGGGGGGGAGGUUAGCAAUACAAUUCUGUGCUCCAAUAGAAUUGAAUUGGGUCUUCUCUCAUUAAAACACACAAAAAAAGUAAAAACAUCCUAGCAUCUCAGUGUUUUUAAUGAAAAUCUAAUGAUAAUGAUAAAACAUGAUGCUGGAAAUAGUAUUCAAAGCAUCUUGAAACAAAUACAGCUACCAUUUACAUAAACAUUUCUGAGACAACAUCAGAGGUUAUCUUGCUGCCAUGUCGAGGAGCAAAUUAACAUAAUUAAGGAAUCCCAUUAUUUAAUUGUGAAACUCAGCUCUUGGCAAACAUACAAUUAAAAUAAUCUUGUUAUGCCUGGUACCUCUACCUAGAAUUGUUCACUAAAUCUCCACUUUGCCUUUAACUUCAGGAGAAUUGAGAUCUUGUCCUCUGUUCUCAAAUGUUGGAAGAGUCAUUUUGAAGCUCUGGUUGAAUUUUCACUUUUACAAUUUUUAAAUGCCCUCUUUUAAAACUUUUUUGGACUACAGCAGAACAUCUGAGAUGAUCACAUUGAAUUGAACAUGUGGACUGAUGGGGUGGGGGUAGAGGCCUAAGUUCCUGGAUGUUUACAUGUUAUUGAUAGUAUGUGACUUUCAGCUGUGAAACAAAUAUUUAUUUUUUUUAGAUUUAUAAACUGCAGUAAAAACAAUUCAAGCAUUAAAUAAAAAUUCUUGAAUGAAA